AGGUCAAGGGGACGCGGCGGGGCCUGGGGGUGGGGCCGCCCCCGAUAAGCCACCCCCCCUCCGUUAGGCCACGCCCAUUGCCGCUAAGCCACGCCCCCUUGUUGUUAAGCCACGCCCCCUGCUCAGGGUUCGGGGUGAUGGUGGUGGUUGGGGCUGGUUGGACCCGGUGACCUUGGGGAUCCUUCCCGACCUUAAUGAUUCUGUGAUCCCAUGGGCCUGCACCACCCUGCACCAUCCCGUCCUGUCCCGCACUGCCCCGCUCUGUCCUGCCCUGCCCUGCCCUGCCGGCCCUGCCCCGCUCCGGUUCUCCCAGCGGGACGGCCAUGCCGGGGCAGCUGGCAGGGAGCAGCUCCCGGGGCUGGCCUCGGCAGCACCGCCUGUGAACCUCAUCACCGGCUGCCCUGGGGCCAAGUCUGGGGCUGGCCGUGCUGUGUGGGCAGACGGCAUCCGGCAGCAGCAUGGCGGGGAUGGUGCUGCCCCUCUGCCUGCUCCUGCUCCUGCUCCUCCAGGGUGGCCAGUCCCAGGCACCGGUACCUGCAGCCCGUGCUGGCCCCGUGCUCCGGCGGCUGCGGGUGCUGGAGGAGCAGGUGGGUGCCCAGGCUGGCCUGGGGGGGCUGCAGCAUCGCAUGUCCCUGGGGGAGGAUGCCCCAGCAGGAUGGACGUGGGCUCAUCCAGCAGGGCGGCUGCUUCACCCCGCUCCCUUGCAGUUUCGCCGUUUCCAGGAGGUGACGCUGAGCCAUCUCCAGAGCAUCGCCAGGAACUACAACAUCUCCUACAACAUCGACAGGCGGUUUCAGGUGCUGGCAGAGCAGGCGGAGGCGGCCGACGCAGCCCAGGCCGUGCUGGGUGCCGAGCUGGCCCGCCUGGCUGCUGCCGGCCGGCGGCUGCACCGCAGGGUGAAGCGGCUGGAGGGGGCGGUGGGUGCCCUGACCCCCCAGCACCACCUCCUCACUCGCCCUGAGGGUGGUGCUGAGCCACACAGCCUGUGGGACACAGUCCGCACCCAGCAAGAGCCACGGGGCUCCGUGCCCACCAGCACUGCCAGCACUCAGCCUCUGAAGGUGAGGCAGCGGCCACAGGAGGAAGGGCACCAGCUGCUGGUGGAGACUGGGACCACUGGGAUGCCCAUGGAGGACACGGAGCCCCUUCGUGACGCCCAGGCUGUCACAGCAGCGCUGUCUGACACAGCCACGGGCCCCCAGGAGCAGCUAGGGACAGCCUGCGGCGUGGGCUCCGUGCUGCUCUUCCCCAGCGCCUCCUCCAGCAGCUCGGCCAUCCUACAGCCAGGGCUCCCCGCGGGGCUGUGGGCGCUGUCGCUCUGCACCUGGGUGCUCACCCCGGCCCCCAGCCUCGGCACCGUCCUGUCCUACGCCAGCGAGGAUGGGGACAGCAAGGUGGCCGUGCACGGCCGGGACAAGGACCCUGGAUCCAUGCGUUUCGUCAUCGGGGACACGGCGUUUCGGGAGCUCCCGGUGACACCGCUCCUGGAUGGCAAAUGGCACCACCUCUGCCUCUCCUGGUCCUCCCGCCGGGGCCAGUACCGCUUCUACGUGGACAGGAGGCUGCUGGCCGCCGGCUCUGGCUUCCAGCAGGGCUAUGAAAUUCCUGCUGGCGGCUCGCUGGUCCUAGGCCAGCUGCAGGGCCACGUCAAAGCAGGAUUCAGCCCCACGGGAGCCUUUGUGGGCCGGCUGGCCGGCUUGGCCCUCUGGAGCCGGGCUCUCCUGCCCGGGGAGGUGGCCAGCAUGGCAACUGGCCGGGGGCUGCCCCGCAGGCCCCUCCUGACGCUGGCCAAUGCCUCCCUGCAGGGCGAGGUGCAGAGGGUGGCGUGCACCUGCCUCCAGCACUGCCCGUGAGGAGCCCGGCAGCUCUCUGGGUGCUGGGACACCAGGCAGCGGGCAGCCUCGUGUUGUAUCCCCUGGGAAGCUGCGGGCUGGUUUGGGGUGCUGGGGGCACCAGGCAGAGGUACCCCCGCUCCCCUUCCCUCCCUGCUGGCUGCCUGCACAGCUGCUGCCCCGGGCAGGGCACGCCACCAGCCCCAGGGCACGGCACGUGCUGAGGCAGGGCACGAGAGCUGGGCAGCCAGGGAACGCAGAAUCCCAUUUUUAGGGGUCCUCCUCCCCACGGUGAUGUCUGGUGACGCCGCUGUGACUGCCCUGAGCGCCUGAGGGACGCGGCUGAGCGCUGCCAGCACCGCUCUCACCCGGGGGGGCUCUGAGGCACGGGGCUGAGGGAGGAGGCAGCCAUGCGGGGGCCUGCUCCUGGCUGCAGGGGCACGUGCAGCCCUUUCACUCCUAAUAAAACGCUCUGGGCAGAGAGGAGACCUCAGUUAUUGGUGGUUUUGGUGGUCUCGCUCUGCGUGGUACCGCUCGGUGACGCUUCCAGCCCUGGUGGGCACAGCGCCUGGGGACAUGAGGGUGCGUGGGGGUGGGCAGGCCGUGGCACGCUGUGUUUCUGGGUGGUUU